GCCAUUAUUUUCAAUCACAAAAGAAUUCAUCUUGAAAUUCAAUCAAACACAAAAUCCAGAGGAGGAGGAAAAAUUGUUGGAACAAGCUAGAAGAAAUAUUCUCAGAUGUAAGAGAAAAUUGGGUCUCGAAACCCUGGGCUCCGGGAAGCAUGUGCAUCUUCCUGCUGCAUGGACUGAAGUAAUUUAUCUGGCUCAAUGUAAAGGAGAAAUCCAAGAUGAAGCUUUAAAUAUGCUUUAUGCUUCCCUGGACCAUGCUUGCUUUGAUUAUGAUCAUCUGCCUGCCUUAUUUUUUAUUGCGGAAUCACUUUUAUACAGACUCUGUUGUGACGCAUUUCAAAAGGCAUACUUAUAUUCAGUUGAAAUACAGCUGGCAAAGAUUGGCUAUUUGGUCUUCUUACGACUUUUUAUAUUUUUCCUGCAUGGUCACCUGGAAAGUUUUAAACAACAUCUCCUUAGGCUUCAGCCAUAUUUAUAUGCACUUUCUCUCUCUGGAGCAUCAUAUCACAAAUAUCCAAACAUCUUUUCAAAUGUACAAUUCAUCCUGAAAACCUCGGAAAUCAUAUGUAAAAGAGAACUCCCUUCUGAAUCAAUUUUUGGUCCUAUGGAAAAUAAGGAAAGAUAUGAGAACGUAGAUUCUGAUACGGAAAAUUUGCAAUUUAGUCAAGGAGGAUAUGAAGUUAACCACCUGCUCUGGCACUGUGUUGCUGCUUGGUCUUGUGUUCAGAAUAAUAGUCCUCAGUUGAAUAAUGUGCUUCAACAUCUCAUCUUCCAUAAAACACAGCUUCAAAAGAAAUGCUGGUUGGAUUCAGCACUGGCUCUGUUGGUUCUUGGGGAGGCUGCGAAAUUAAACAUGGCCUGCUUGAAUGCUUUAAUGAACCUAGUGAAAGAUUUUCUUUUAAGCAUUAUGUCUGUUCAGAAUCAGGAAGAAGCCUGCAAGGUAAAUGACUUUUCCUGGGCCUGGAAUAUAGUCUACCUAUAUACAACAAUUCUUACAGAAAUCUGCUUGUAUGCAGCCACUUCUGAUUUGAGAAAAACUGCUCUUAUUGGUUUCUGUGACUGUAAAAGUUCACUAAAAUAUAUUUUACCCGUGGACAAAUCAGAAGAACAGCUAGAAUUAAGGGAAACAAGUAUUUUAAGUCUUUUGGAAUAUUUCUCUUCAAAAAUAUCAGAUAAUUGUAAGUAAAUUAUUUUUACCUUGAUGAGUAAUGUUUUGAAAAUAUCCCUGUCUACAUAUAGUAAUAAGCUUUCAGCAAAAAGUUCAUAUUUAGAA